CAGAUGUCAAUGUUUGCAGUUUUACCUCGAGGAUGGAAUCAAGGGAAAACAAAACACCAUGAGGCUGAAUUAAUAAACCAGCUGUCAGGACAAUCCCCACUGAUGGCAGUGAUGGAGAAUGAGACAUGGCCCUUGUAUGCCUCCCAUCAUUUGCUCCGUGGUGACCCCUUCGCCUCCAGACUCUCCAGAGAGGCGGAUAUCGUCGCAGGUUUUUACAUCUGCAUCAUAGGGAUAUUGUCUGCAACAGGCAAUGGCUACGUCAUUUAUAUGGCCAUCAAACGCAAGACCAAGUUAAAGCCUCCGGAGCUUAUGACUGUCAAUCUAGCCAUUUUUGACUUUGGCAUCUCAGUGACAGGAAAGCCCUUUUUCGUAGUAUCCAGUUUCUCCCACCGCUGGUUGUUCGGCUGGGAGGGCUGCCAGUUCUACGGCUGGGCGGGCUUCUUCUUUGGUUGUGGGAGCCUCACUACGAUGACCGUGGUCAGCCUGGAUCGCUACCUGAAAAUCUGCUAUCUACAAUAUGGCACAUGGUGGAAACGCCACCACACCUUCCUGUGCCUGGCCUUUGUCUGGGUGUAUGCAGGCUUCUGGGCCACCAUGCCCCUCAUCGGCUGGGGAAGCUACGCCCCAGAGCCCUUCGGGACUUCCUGCACACUGAACUGGUGGCUGGCACAAGCCUCUGUGUCCGGACAGAGCUUUGUCCUGUCCAUUUUGUUCUUCUGCCUCGUCCUCCCGACUGGCAUUAUUGUCUUCUCCUAUGUCAAGAUCAUCUUCAAAGUCAAGUCCUCGGCAAAGGAGAUCUCACACUUUGACGCCCGCAUCAAAAACAGUCACAACCUUGAGAUGAAGCUCACAAAGGUGGCAAUGCUGAUCUGUGCGGGUUUCUUGAUAGCUUGGAUCCCUUAUGCAGUGGUGUCAGUGGUGUCUGCGUUCGGUGAGCCAGACACAGUGCCCAUCGCUGUGUCUGUCAUUCCCACCUUGCUGGCCAAGUCCUCAGCCAUGUACAACCCCAUCAUCUACCAGGUCCUGAACCUGAAAAACUCCUGCACAAAGUCCUCCUGUUUUAAGGCCCUGAAGAGACGCAGACAUUUUAGAAAGUCAAGAUUCUGCACCAUUUCAGGCACGAUAAAGGACACGCCCCCAGCCAAAGAAGCUCAAAUUGAGAUAUGAGAGAGACUCUAGACU